UCCGAGGGCCUCGGUAGUCGGUGGGGCUUGCUUCGGGACCCCGGCGCUGCCCUCCCGGAAGUGGGGGCGUCUCCACCUCCAGCCUCACCCACCCGGCGUGGGGCCGUAGGCCCGUCGCCUAACCUCUCGGAGCCAAAGUUACUGCAGCUACGAAGUGGGGCAGUAGUCACAAGCCGGGCCCUCUUCCCAGGGACCUGGGAUGCUAUGCUGCUCUCCAUGAACUGGUCACCGAGUCUGUCUACCGCAGCCCUUUCUGAAUCUUUGGCUGUCUGGAAGCUCCGCUGUGCUCCUUGCCAAGAUGAAGUGCGUCUUGGUGGCCACAGAGGGUGCGGACGUUCUCUUCUACUGGACGGAUGAGGAGUUUCAAGAGAGUCUGCGGCUGAAGUUUGGGCAGUCCGAGAAUGAGGGAGAAGGGCUUCCCGCCCUGGAAGACCAGCUCAGCACCCUCCUGGCCCCAGUCAUUAUCUCCUCUAUGACGAUGCUGGAGAAGCUCUCAGACACAUACACCUGCUUCUCGACGGAAAAUGACAACUACCUGUACGUCCUUCACCUGUUCGGAGAAUGCCUGUUCAUCGCCAUCAAUGGAGACCACACAGAGGGCGAGGGGGACCUGCGGCAGAAGCUGUGCGUGCUCAAGUACCUUUUCGAGGUGCACUUCGGGCUGGUCACCAUGGACAGCCAGCUCAUCCGAAAGGAGCUGCGGCCCCCAGACCUGGAGCAGCGUGUGCAGGUGUGGGAGCACUUCCAGAGCCUGCUGUGGACCUACGGCCGCCUGCGGGAGCAGGAGCAGUGUUUCGCUGUGGAGGCUGUGGAGCGGCUGAUCCACCCGCAGCUGUGUGAGCUGUGCAUCGAGGUGCUGGAGCGGCACGUCGUCCAGGCCGUCAACUCCAGCCCUGGGCGGGCCGGCGAGGAGGCCCUACAUGCCUUCCUGCUCGUGCACUCCAAGCUGCUGGCUUUCUACUCCAGCCACAGCGCCGGCUCCCUGCGCCCAGCCGACCUCCUCGCCCUCAUCCUUCUGGUGCAGGACCUCUACCCCAGCAAGAGCACGGCGGAGGACAGCGACACCCAGCCUUCCCCACGGAGGCCCCUCCACAGCCAGAGCAUCCCCGUGCAGCAGGCCUGGAGCUCUUGUACUACAGACCCGACCAGGAGUUCUGCAGGGACUGAGACAGACAGCCUCUCCCUCCCUGAGGAGUAUUUCACACCAGCUCCUUCCCCCGGGGAGCAGAGUUCAGGUAGCACAGUCUGGCUGGAUGGGGGUACCCCUCCCACUGAUGCUCCCCAUGUCCAGAUGGCUGAGGACACCCUCCAGACACUGGUCCCUCGCUCCCCAGGACCCUCCAGCCCCAGAAGGAUUUUCCUGGAUGCUACCGUGAAAGAGAGCUACUGCCCCAUGGUGCCCCACACCAUGUACUGCCUGCCCCUGUGGCCAGGCAUCAACAUGGUACUCCUGACCAAGAGCCCCAGUACGGCCCUGGCCCUGGCCCUGUACCAGCUGCUGGAUGGGUUUUCUCUACUGGAGAAGAAGCUGAAGGAGGGGCAGGAGGCCGGGAGUGCCCUGCGGUCCCACCCCCUCAUGGGGGACCUACGCCAGAGGAUGGACAAGUUUGUCAAGAAUCGAGGUGGGCAAGAGCUUCAGAGCACCUGGCUGGAGUUCAAGACCAAGGCCUUCUCCAGAAGUGAGCCCGGAUCGUCCUGGGAGCUGCUCCAGGCGUGCGGGAGGGUGAAGAGGCAGCUUUGCGCCAUCUACCGGCUCAGCUUCCUGGCCACGGCUCCGGGCCGGGGAGGCCCCUACCUGCCCCAGCACCUGCAGGACCAGGUCCAGACGCUCAUGCAAGAAAAGCUGGCAGACUGGAAGGACUUCCUGUUGGUGAAGAGCCGGAGGAAUGUCACCAUGGUGUCCUACCUGGAAGACUUCCCAGGCCUGGUGCAUUUCAUCUACGUGGACCGCACCACCGGCCAGAUGGUGGCCCCUUCCCUCAGCAGCACUGAAAGGACGUCAUCGGAGCUGGGCAGGGGGCCCCUGGCCACCUUCGUCAGAACCAAGGUCUGGUCUCUGAUCCAGCUGGCGCGCAGGUACCUGCAGAAGGGCUACACCACGCUGCUGUCCCGCGAGGGGGACUUCUACUGCUCCUACUUCCUGUGGUUCGAGAACGAGAUGGGGUACAAACUCCAGAUCAUCGAGGUGCCUGUCCUGUCUGAUGACUCGGCUCCCGUCGGCAUGCUGGGAGGAGACUACUACAGGAAGCUCCUGCGCUACUACAGCAAGAGCCACCCGGCUGAGGCUGUCAGGUGCCACGAGCUGCUGACCCUCCACCUGUCGGUCAUCCCCACGGACGUGCUGGUGCAGCAGGCCGGCGAGCUGGCCCGGCGCCUGGGCGAGGCCUCCCGUGUCCCCCUGCUCUAGGCCAGGGUGGGCUGCCCCCGUGCAUCUGCCCGUGCACCCCAGUUCUCCAGGCCCACCUGGCUUGCAGACAUCCCCAUGGUGAGAGCCUCCUGCUGUGCACGGCAGCCUCCCAAGGAUGGCACGGUCCCCAGGGCGGCCCCAGAGCUUCUUAAAGAAACUCCACUUAGACCAGCCUCCAUUCCGGGUAACGAGCAAACCCCCAAAUCCUUCCCUCUGAAGGGAGAGGAGGGCCAGAGGGUUUCUUUCGUCUCUUUAGAACAGCAGUGGCUGUGAGCUUAGACCCAGGGCAGCCCCUCUUUCGGAGCUGCCUCUCGGUUUACCCCUAGGAGACAGAGGAAGUCCCCACUGCCUGUGGGUGUCUGCUGUUCUCAGAAUAGAGAAAGCUUCCCAGGAAGCCGUUUCCCUCCCCAGGUGAAAGGGGCUCUCCUGGCCGGGUUGAACUCCAGCUCUGCCACGCCCCCUCUGCGGCUCUGGGCAGGUUUCCCCACCUCUCAGCCUGUCUCCCCACAUUCAGCGAGGCGGCACCCGUCUCUCAGGGUGGUCGUGGGGCUGCCGGCUGUGCGGCAGUCACUCAAUAAAUGCUGGUUAUGGUUAUCGUGACUGUUCAA